AUGGCAACUUAUAGUAAACAUUCAAACUAUAGUCGUUCAACCGGAAGUUUGGUUAAUACUACUAGCGAUUCACGUUCCAAUCACCAUUAUCAAAGCAGCACAAUGUCUCAAAAUAAAAACAAGUACAACGCCUUCUUUUCUGAUGAAGAAAGUCCUAAAAGUUACCGCACAAAGCAUUAUUCCGAUGACGAGGGUAGCGAUGCUUACUCCGAUGGCUAUGAGCGUUCUAGAACAAGAAAAGAAGGCAGUUCAGCAAAUGGCAGAAAAAGUCUGCAACUGGGUUCAAGAAAUGGUAUGGCUGUUCCACCUCCACGCCCUCGUUCUAAGAAUCCAUUUUCUGAUGCUGUUACAUUAGAUGGCUCUUCCAGUUCUAGAAAAACACACGUAUCUAGAUCUACACCUUCGUCAACAAAAUACUCUUCCGGCUCCAAAUCUCGCUCUGGUUCCCGCCACCAUAGAAGACACUCAUAUUCUGAAUCUGAUUCGUAUUCCAGUGAGUCAGGCAGUGAAGUAUCUGAAGAUGAAAGAGAAGCUCCAAGAAAAUCUUCUACUAGGGGUGUUUCCAGAAGUGGUAAUUCCAGAUCUCUUGACCCCUCAGCCGAUGACGAAAGAAGAGAACGUGAAGAAGCUAGAAGACGCGAAAGGGAAAGAGAAGAAGCUAGAAGACGUGAAAAGGAAAGAGAAGAAGCCAAAAGAAGAGAACGUGAAAGAAGAAGACGUGAAGAAGAAAAAAGAGAAAGAAGAAGACGUGAAGAAGAAGAGGAUAAGAGAAGAGCCGCUAAGACUGAAAGUAAAGAUGAUGAAGGUUCAUACAGUUUUGAUAGCGAAAGUGAAACAGAAACAGAAAGGCAAAAGAGAAAAGAGCGCGAAAGAGAAAAAGAAAGAGAGCGUGAAAGACGUCAAAGACAUCGUCACAGACAUCAUAAAUCAAAGGAAGGUAGUAGCAGCAAAUCCAAAUCUGGCAGUGGUAAGCGUGCCAAGGACAAGAAGGCUGCUGGUGUUGAUACUAUUGACAGAUUGGACGUUACUGGGUUAUUUGGAGGGGCGUUCCAUCAUGAUGGUCCCUUUGAUGCGUGUAACCCACAUCGUAACAAGAAUAACAAGGUUGCUCCAGUUAUGGCCUUCCCGGUAGAUGGGCCAAAUUCCUCUAUUAAAGGUUUAGGACCAAACAACACCAAGGAGCAAACCAUUGACACGGUGUUAGGAAAAACCCCAGAUGAGGGAGACAGCUUGUAUCAAACCAAAGUUGCUUCUGGCAAGCUAAAAUUCCAUGACAAUGGGUCACUUGUGGCGUUUGAUGCUAAGAUGAAGGAUCUACCAGUCCAUGGAGAAACCACUUUGGGAUUAGGCUCGUCUACGUUCUUGGAAGGUGCACCAGCGUCCAAGCAGGCAUUACAAGAGGAAAUCAAGUUUGAUCAAUCGGCAUUGGGUAGAAAGAAAUCUUUGAGUAGAAGACUUUUGAAUGGGGCAACUGGUAAUAAUGGGGGGUCAGCAGACAUUUAUGCUCAGCAACUGCACAGACGCAAGAGUGAAGAUGAUGUUGUGAAAUUUGAUGGUGGUGAAAAGACUUCGUUGUUGAAUAGAGUAAAAAGUUUGAAAGUUAGCCGUUCUAGAACCCAACGUGAAUGA